ACAUAUUCUCCACUUUACUAAAUAGGUUGUCUCAAAUAAUUACACGGAUAUCCUCUUUCCAGGUUCUUGAACUUGAACACCGUGGUAUUUCUUAUGUUUCUUAUGAAGGUCACGACGAAGUUUCAGCGGAAAGAAAUUCCCUUAAGGAUCAACAAUCUGUAGGUGAAAAAGAAGUGAAUGGCUUUGAGUACCAGAUACGAUCAAAAGACGAGGACAUACGACGUCUUGAGCACGAGCUAGCUUUGAAGGACGAGGAAGGGCGACAUCUUAAGAGCCAACUAGAUCUUAGAGAGAAGGAAUUUGCGAGGAUGAGGAUUGCCAUUCAGUCUGCUUGUACCGAUCUGGGCAACGCAGUUACCACUGUUGAGGAUGCUUUUUACAAACUACUGUCCUCCGAAGAAAGGUAUUGAAAAUUUAUUUACAGAAAAAGAUCUCUUAGGAGCUGAGCUAUCGGGUCAAAGGUGAGCAAAAUAAUUAGAGAUUUCUUGUCAAGGUAGACUGAAUAUUUUAUGUUUUAAAUAUUUUCAUAUAAAAUUAAUAGGAUACUAAGGAUAUAUAAUGUGAAAGAAUUAUUUUUGAUAUUUUUGUUUAUAUUGUAUUCUUGGAAAAAGACAUUAAUGUGCCAAGUAAAAGAAAAUGAAUCCUCCAACAUACAUGUAAAGAAUAAGCUAUAUUUGGUAGGUUUGAACGUAUUGUAGAAUCAGAUUCAGCUAAUGAUGUUCAAUGGGUUUUCAAGAAGACCUCAAGACCAUAGAAAAUCGCAGCAGCUCUUUAAUUUCAUUGCCGUGUCUAUUAUGUACCUGCAACAGGUUGCUUUCAUUCAUCCUAGUAGAGAGGCGAUCGAGCUCAAUUGUUUAUUCCUGUGCUAAGCAAGGUCGAGAUAGAUUUAGAGAGUUGGAUUUGUGACCCAUCAAAUAUACCCAUCCAUUUCUUGGGUAAGUUUCGUGUAGAAUCUUUCAGGAUUGAAGUCCAUAAGGGAGUCAUCGAAGGUAGUGAUUGGUUUUGCAACUAAGAUUACAGGGGAAGAUGAUUCGAUGGAUAAAAAAGAAGCGAGGAAAUAUAAAGGUUGUCACAGAUUAGUAUACGGAUAUCGUCAUUUCAGGUUGUUAAAAUUGAACAACGAAGCAUGGCUGAUGUUUCUUAUGAAGAUCACAACGAAGUUUCAGAGGAAAGAAAUUCCCUUAAGGAUCAACAAUCUGAAAGUGAAAAGGAAAUAAAUGGCUUUGAGUACCAGAUACGAUCAAAAGACGAGGCAAUACGAUCAAAAGACGAGGCAAUACGACUGCUUAAGCUCGAGCUAGCUUUGAAAGAUGAGGAAAUGCGACAUCUUAAGAGGCAACUAGAUGCAAGAGAGAAGGAAUUUGCCAGCCUGAGGAUUGCCAUCCAGUCUGCUUGUUCCAAUUUGGGCAACGCAGUUACUGCUGCUGACGAUGCUUUUAAAUUUACAAACAAAAAUCCUACGGAGAAAGGUAUGGAAUAUAUGUUUUCAGAAGAAGACCUCCUUGGAGCUGAGCGAUCGGGUCCAAGGUGAGCUCACACGAGACAUAUAUCAAUGAACUUGUAACAUUUAAUAGGUAUAUUCCUCAACAUAUUUUGUAGGGGUCAUCUUCUAAAUAAUUUCUUUUUUAUUAAUACACUCAAUUAUUAUAAAAAAUAUAUAUAUAUUCUUCAACCA